UGACGAAGUGUCAAAUUUGUCUUCCCAUAUAUGAACCCUAUGAUAAACAAAUGCUUUAAUAUUUUACUGGAAGUUCUUAACUUCACAAGAACAAAGCACAGGGAUUUUGACUGUAUUGUGGCUAAAGCCAAAGCAAACCAACAAGAGCUGCAUUUGUGGAGUGGAGUGGUCCGAUUUCGUAAGGAAAUGGUACAUCUUCCAUGGUACAAAAUCAUAGGAACAAUAUUAAGGGACAUGAUUUUUCAGAAAGAUCCUCACUUGUGUCAGAAACCAGCUGGCCUUGAACCAACAAACAGUAUGUUUAUUAUGCGAUCUUCCUAUUCUUAUUACAUACAUGUCACCCACACAGAUUUCUUCCAAUUCAAUAUGGAAUUUUUCUCCAAUUUUAUUUGAUAUUCUGCAGUCUUCCUGCUUGUCCAUUCCGCCCUGCCUUCCGUUCACGAAUCUUUCAUCUGUUACUGAACUUUUAAUGACGCUGCCAUGGACCCAUUGAGAAUUGAAAAGAUGGGUCGAGAUUUGUUUAAUGGGAGAUUAAACUAAAUGAUCUUUACGGAUCUAAGCGACCCAUGUGUCGUGGUGGUGGAGUUGGCAAAAAGGAACAAUAAAGCAGAGUUAUUCAAUUUCCAUUAACUUUGUUC